AUGGACCUCCAGAAGACCAAGGAAGCCCGUCGUCGGGACGCGCCGGGAAAGCAGGAGGAGGGCUCAGAGUGUCCUUUGAAACCCUAUAAUGGAAAUGGCCACUCUAAAGAUUCGCCCAAGGCAGAUUCUCUAAGUCGCAACUCGGAUACGAGGAAUACGAAAGAGCCUGCAAAUAAAGGCCAUCGACAGCAGAAGGAUGAGUUUUAUUCUCAAGCUGCUCACCAAUCUUCGCCGGCGCCGGCGCCGAGCUCGUCCACGACUCCGCAGUGCGGACACCCACUGUCUUCAAAGGCGAUCAGGAUUCCUGCGGCUCUGGGCCUCUCUCCCAAAGAAACGACCUUGUUGAUCACUGCGAACAGAUACCCUCCGGUUACCAAGAGCACGUUGAGUGAGCUCGAUCUCCCUUGCAUCAUGGGCAACAUCAACCUCCGCAUGGACGCCAACUUCGACCGCGACCUACAUUUCAAACCGGAUCUCGACGGUGAGAAAGGCAGGAAAAAGAGGAAAGAUGCUGCAGACUAUUGGAAUGCGAUGGCUGCCGAAAUCAAAGUCUAUGCGUUCUGCGCAUCCUGUGGGCUGGAUAACAAAUCCGAUAACUAUCAUGAUGAAGGAUCAAGCUUUGAGCCCCGACUUCCGACCAUGUUCGAGACGUUGCAAGAUGUACUCAAAACUCUUGUUCCAGAGCGCGACCACCCUAAUAUCAUGCAGAACCUCGAGGUCCCUCUGUUGAUGCAACAGAUUCAGAAAGGAGUCCUUGACAUGGUAGGGAUAGCGACGUGGCUUGCGGCCCUUCUCAAAACACACUGUGCCCCAAUGCGUGAUGAAUGGGCCGAUAGAAUGGUGAAUCAGAUCACAUCAGGCUCGCAGUCACAGAACACGACAGAAAUCGUCCGCGGUCUCGAGACUCUGUUUGCAAUCUUGGAGGCUAUGAAGCUUGAUGUCGCCAACCACCAGAUCCGAGCAUUCCGUGUUCUUCUCAUCGAAGACACUAUCCCCUUUCUCCAGGAGUAUUUCAGAAGCAAAAUUGAAAGGGGCGAUGUCCAGGUGGAAUCAUCUCGACACUGGUACCUAGACCUUCGGGAGCGUGAGCUGCGUAGAAUGAAAAGCCCCGCGCAAACUGACAGCUUUUGGCCGCUUGCGCUCCUCCUCAAAGGGCUGAGUGACUUUAUGCUGCAUUUUCAUAGCCCUGACGGAUUUCCCGAUACAUUUGACUUUGAUGCAGACCGCUUGUGGCAGGCGCGAGGUUGGAUGCAGAAUACCAUCAAUCUCGAGAUCUGCUGGUAUAUCUUCGAGUCAUAUAUCCAUUCUCAGAGACGGUAUCUUCCAGCUCCAACACAGACCUAUGCCACAUUUCGGUCUCGUAUCGGGACUUUGCUGGAGGAGACCGAGGAUUGUAUCCGGGGAUCUUCCCGGUGGCUGAAGAAUGUGCGGUACAUCGCCUUGGAAAUUGCGCGGCUUGCUUCAGAGUGCUGUGGUGACACUACCAUCUCAGACGAUAUCAUUGCCCCAAUUGAGGCCUCGCUGGAAUGGCAUUUGUCGAAUGAGCAUGGUUUAUUUCAGCACUUUCAGGGUUCUUUUAGGGAGAAGCUACUGGAAGCAACGUUCAAUACAGCCAAGCGGUACCUCAACAUGUCGCCGCUUGCCAUUUGUGAGGCUCAGCGAACCCCCGCUCGUACACCCGAUCAAAACUACGAUAUAGACCGGGUUGCGACACGGCUAGCGCACAUUGGCGUUUUGCACUGGAGAGUGUGGGCGCCCUUGCUCUAUGUCCGCGAGAGCGUGCCAUCGACCGCAGAGUCGAUUUUUCCCUCCGAAUCUGAGUUAACAUACGAUCGCCUCCCGUUCUAG